UACAAUGCCAGAUGUGAAGGAUGCAGCACGAGUGAGUGAUGAAGACGAGACGCCGUAAACUCCGCCCAUCAUCAUCCUCCGUCUGAAAUCUGCUUGAGAGUCGAGGAAAACAAAACAUCGCGUUUGAAACAUAAUUCUGAGUCAUCGGGGUGAAAUGCCAGUCAUGCCUCCUCCAGCAGACAUUGUGAAAGUGGCCAUCGAGUGGCCCGGUGCCAAUGCUCAACUCAUUGAAAUUGACCAGAAAAAGCCAUUGCCAUCCAUCAUUAGAGAAGUGUGUGAUGGAUGGUCUCUGUCGGGCUCAGAGCAGUUUGCUCUGCGUAACGCUGACGGUCAGCAGCUUUAUAUCACAGAACAGAGUCGUGGUGAAAUAAAAAAUGGGACCAUACUUCGAUUAGCCAUCUCUCCUAUGCGUGCUGCUCGACAGCUCCUGGAAAGAAUGCAGUCUCAUGGCAUUGAUGCCCGUCUGGAGGCUUUAAAGGAACUGGCGAAACUCUCAGCUGACCCGACGUUUGCCACUGAAUUCAUUAACAUGGAAGGCCUGGGAACACUGGCACGGCUGGUGGAGAGCGGCACACAUUUUGGAGAGAUGUUGGCCUUUACUCUCACUGCAUUUCUCGAGCUGAUGGAUCAUGGCAUUGUAUCCUGGGAUCUCGUAUCUGUUUCCUUCAUCAAGCAGAUUACAGGUUACGUGAAUCAGCCCAUGGUGGAUGUGUCCAUUCUGCAGCGCUCGCUGGCCAUUCUGGAGAGUAUGGUGCUGAACAGUCACAGUCUGUACCAGCGUGUGGCUCAGGAGAUCACUGUGGGACAACUCAUCUCACACCUGCAAGUAUCUAACCAAGAGAUUCAGACAUAUGCCAUCGCUCUGAUCAAUGCUCUGUUCCUUAAGACACCAGAGGACAGACGACAGGAGAUGGCGAGUACACUUGCACAGAAACAUCUGCGUGCCAUCAUACUUAAUCACAUCAUCCGUGGGAAUCGGCCAGUGAAAGCCGAGAUGGCCCAUCAACUCUAUGUGCUGCAGGUCUUAACCUUCAAUCUUCUGGAGGAACGCAUGAUGACCAAAAUGGAUCCCAAUGACCAGGCACAGAGAGACUUCAUCUUUGAACUGCGCAGAAUAGCAUUUGAUGGAGACAAUGAUCCCAGCGCGACAGAGAAGAGGAAAGCCAUCUACACCAAAGACUACAAGAUGCUGGGCUUCACUAAUGCUGGGAAUCCUGCCUUGGACUUUACUCAGUCUCCUCCAGGAAUGCUGGCGCUGGAUAACAUGCUGUACCUCGCCAAACUCCAUCAGGACACUUACAUCAGACUUGUCCUAGAGAACAGCAGUCGUGAAGACAAACACGAGUGUCCAUUUGCUCGAUGUGCUAUAGAGCUGACACGCAUGUUGUGUGAGAUUCUACAGGUCGGAGAACUGCCGAAUGAAGGAUGUAAUGACUAUCAUCCCAUGUUUUUCACCCAUGAGCGUGCUUGGGAGGAAUUCUUCUGCAUCUGCAUGCAGCUGAUCAAUAAAACAUGGAAAGAGAUGAGAGCUACUACCGAGGAUUUCAACAAGGUGAUGACGGUGGUGAGAGAGCAGAUGAGUAGAGCUCUGGCCAUGAAGCCGUCAUCUCUGGAGCAGAUGCGAGUGAAACUGCGCAGUCUGAGUUACGCUGAGAUUCUGCGUCUGCGUCAGUCAGAGAGAAUGAGUCAGGAUGACUUCCAGUCUCCUCCCAUAAUAGAGCUUCGUGAGAGAAUCCAGCCUGAGAUUCUGGAACUGAUUAAACAGCAGCGACUCAAUCGCCUGUGUGAGGGCAGCUGCUUCCGUAAACUGGGCAACAGACGCAGACAAGAGAAGUUUUGGUUCUGCCGUCUGUCGCUAAAUCACAAGAUUCUUCACUAUGGAGAUCUGGAUGAGUCUCCUCAGGGUGAAGUUCCUUUUGAAAUGCUCACGGAUAAAAUCGCUGUGUCUGACAUCAAAGCAGUACUGACAGGGAAAGAUUGUCCUCACAUGAAGGAGAAGAGUGCACUCAAACAGAACAAGGAAGUGUUGGAGUUGGCAUUCUCAAUUCUCUAUGAUCCAGAUGAAGCUCUCAACUUUGUGGCACCCAACAAAUAUGAGUAUUGCAUCUGGACGGACGGACUCUCUGCACUUUUGGGAAAGGAGUUGGGCAGUGACCUGACACGAAGUGACCUUGACACAUUAAUGAGCAUGGAAAUGAAACUCCGCCUCCUUGAUCUAGAAAACAUUACCAUCCCUGAGGCUCCACCCCCAGUACCAAAAGAACCCAGCACGUAUAAUUUCACCUAUAACUAUGGAUGAGAAGUCUGUUUCCUCUGUGUUUGCAUUUGCUGGUGUUUGUUCCUCUUUUUAAAAGUGAUGUGUGUCAUUUUUUGGAUGCUAAAAUACUUUCUUGUACUAAACUACUCGAUAUAAGCUAUAAUCUGCCACUGGCAGGUUAACUUCUUCAGUGCAAUGUUUCACUGUUUUGUUUGAACAGUGUUUCAACUUUCGGCUCAGCCAGUAGAGCGAAUAUGGGCACAGCAGGGGAGGGAAAAAGGAGCGGAGUUUAGCAAUUCCGUUUACAUUUACAUUUAGUCAUCUAGCAGAUGCUUUCAUCCAAUGCCACUUACAGAUGAGGGAAACAAUAGACGCAAUUGGAACAGCAUAAGGACAACAAAAAGCAUAAGUGCACGUACAGAUUUCUAUUUACUAGCAUUAAUUCUGUUCCCUGUUUAAAAGUGGCAAGACAUCUGCAUUUGCACCGUUAAGGUAUAAACUGUAACCAUAAGAAUGACAACAUUUGUAUGCUUCACUAAUCUGCCUGCAGACGACUAACAUGUACUGACCUUUGCUAUUGUCAACAGAUCUAUUUUUGUAUUUGAUGUGAAAGACACUACAGCACAUUCAGGGGGGUUUUACACUUAGUUUGUUUGCCUAGUCCGAACCAACUGCAUUCAUAUUGCAUCCACUUAUGUCUGUCUUACAAAUGUCCUGCAAAUGCUCUUAAGAAUGCUGAAAUGAGAUAUGUGUGCGCUUCGGUCUCGCUCGCCUGAAAGUCAGUGAAACACAAACACAUUUUUAUCAAAUUAUACAUCAUUAAUAGUAGUUUAUUUUCACAAUUUGGUACGAUUGUGUUCAUAUCAGCAGCGGAUCGUACCAUAGUUCACAUGAACCGGACACCGGACCACCCUUUUUAAGCGGACUCGGGUUCAGUUUGUGGGUGCGCACUUAAACAUCAUUGUGAAACUGCCCUAAGAAACGGUGUUGCUGAAUUCUGACUCUUUGUUGAAAUGUAUUACUGUAAGUUUAGAUGUCAACAUUUUGUAAAGAUUGCAUACACUGUCUCUUUCCUUACAGUCCUUUCCUUAAACUGUCUCUAAUAAUAGCCAUAUGAUUCAGUAAUAUUGUGUUAUUCAAGCGAUUUACACUUGAAGUUUUCUGCCUGUGGUAGCUUUUAUAUGGCUUUUCAUCAAUAUUAAGUAAAGGCAAAAGAUACAUGCUCUAGAUCAGCGGUUCUCAACCCUGGACCUCGCACCCAUCCCCUGUCCCCCCCCACGCUCUGCUUGUUUUCUGUAUCUCUCUUGUUUAACACACCUGAUUUAAAUCUCUAGCUCAUUAGAACCAGGAUUAGGACCAGGAUUGAGAACCGCUGAUCUAGAUUUAUUACUGACAGCGGGGUCAUGAUGUGUUUCAUGAUAACUCUUGCAGUCUUUUACUGUUGCUAGUGGGCAAGUGUCAAAAGAGUCUUCAGUGCCUUCUGAAAGUAUUCUGUUCUUAGUUCUCAAUGUGGAGAAGAAUAAAAGAAGAUUCUUUUUUGUUUUAGAUUUAUAAAUGUGUUCAAUUUGAGAAGAUCAUUGUGUUUAAGUAUUACGUUACAAAAUAGACAUUUACAAUGAUUUCUAAAGGCACUAUCUUAACUGUAUAUAGUAUGUUGCGUCACAACAGUAAUUGUAAUAAAUUGGUGUGCAUUAAUAAAAUGUUUUAAAAUCA